AUAUAUUUACCAAAUGUAUAACCACUUAUUAAAGAGAACCGUUAAGAGAAAAAAAAGAUCGAGAAUGGAGUAUCAAACUAGCUUCUUUUCAGACAACCAAAGUCAAGAGUUUUCUCCAGAGAACUCUUGUUCAACAAACUCAUGGAGCUCACAAGAAUCAUUCUUGUGGGAAGAGAGUUUCUUGCAUGAUCAAUCCUUCCACUCAUUUAGCCCUUCUUACUACUCUGAUGAUUUCUUCACAUUUGGAUCAUCACUCAUCAAAGAAGAAGAAGAAGUAGAAGAAGAAGCCACCGUGGCGGCCUUGGAGGAGGAGGAGAGGUCAUACAGAGGAGUGAGGAAGAGGCCGUGGGGGAAAUACGCAGCCGAGAUAAGAGACUCAACGAGGAAAGGGAUAAGAGUGUGGCUCGGGACGUUUGAUACUGCUGAAGAGGCUGCUCUUGCUUAUGAUCAGGCAGCUUUCGCUUUGAAAGGUGACCUUGCGGUACUCAACUUCCCCGUAGAAGUUGUUAAGGAGUCUCUGGAGAAGAUGGAGAAUGUCAAUCUAUACAACGGAGAGUCUCCAGUGAUAGCUUUGAAGAGGAAACACUCCAUGAGAAACCGACCCAGAGGAAAGAAGAAGUCUUCUCCUUCUUCUUCUUCCUCUUCAACUUCAAGAAGUAGAAAAGAGAGUCUUGUUACAAAACAAGAAAGUAAUACAACGCUUUUGGUUUUUGAGGAUUUGGGUGCUGAGUACUUAGAAGAGCUUAUGAGAUCAUGUUCAUGAUCAUAUCUAGUUUUAAAUUCUCAUGAGAUUUGAGUGACUUCUGAUUUUAUAUAAUAAUUUUAUAGUUGUCGGAUUUUUGGAAGGGCUGUGAUGGGGAUGUUGGAAGUGUAUAGACAAGUGGUCUACUAUUGCGUUACUAUUGGCAAGCAUGUAUCACGAAUGAUCUAAUAAGUAAAACACAGAUCUACUUUAAUGCUUGUUUUCUUAAUAUUUAUUUGUUCAUGAUAGUCCUAAAAGUCGAUCC